AUGAUCAUCUUCGCCCUCGGGCUGGGGAGCUGCCUGUUGCUAGUGCACCUCUUUACCAUAUAUCUUCGUCUGUCGAGCAUCCCAGGUCCCUUUGCUGCCAAGUUCACCGACUUCUGGAGAUACCGAUCACAAAACGCCAAAGGCCACACCCAGAGAUUGCUUGCACUACAUCAAAAGCACGGCAAGCUCGUACGCAUCGGGCCCAAUCAUGUCAGCAUCAGCGACCCGGCCGCCGUGCCCAUUGUCUACAGCACAAACCCGACCUGGCAUAAGGGGCCAUCCUACUACGGCGCCAUACCCGUGAGCAAGAAUCGUGCUGUCCCUAGCAUCAUUGGUAUGGGAGAGGCUCAACACACGGCGGUGCGCAAGUCAGUCGGCCGAGCCUUUACCACGAACUCUCUCCUCGACUAUGAAGACUCAAUCGAGGCGACGGGACAAGAUCUCAUCAAGGUCCUAUCUAGACUGCAAGAAACCGAUAUUGGCGAGUGGCUGCAAUUCUUCGCCAUGGACAUGCUGAUCCGGAUUGCUUUCAGCGAUUCUCUUGGGUUGCUGGCCAACGGCAACGACAUUGACGGCACGCUCGCUGCUGUCAUGGCUCGCUUCGAUCACUGGGGUCACUGGGGUGCCGUCCCAAGUGCUGACUACCUCUUCAACAAAAGCCGACUGGCCACCACGCUCAAGGGAGUAGGCGACAGCCCGCUGGCCAAGGUCGCAAACCGCAUGCUUGAGGCUCGCAAGAGAGAUGCCAGCAAGCUCUCAUACAAGGACCUCUGUGCCAAGUUUCUCGAGGGCCAGGCCAAGUACCCCCAGCUGGUCCAGCACGACGAGAUUCUGGGCAUCAUCAUGUCUACCAUUGGAGCCGGGGCUGACACCACGGCCGGCACGCUGACAUACACUCUGUACUUUCUCUCCAAGCAUCCUGACGUGCGAGAGAAGCUUGUGCAAGAGAUCGAUGAGAACCUCAGCGCCGGCAUGCUGUCUCGAAUGCCGAAGUGGGCAGAGGUCAACAGGAUGCCAUACCUUGAUGCGGUGCUCAAAGAGUCUAUGAGGCUUCUCCCCAUCGCGUCCUGGGGACUUGACCGAGUGGUGCCGCCAGCUGGUGCCACAAUUGCCGGCGAGUUCAUUCCCGGAGGAACCAUCGUAGGAUGCCAGAUCGAUGCUGUGCACCAGGACCAGCAUGUCUAUGGCAAGGAUUCGGCUACUUUCAGGCCUGAGAGGUGGCUGGAGGCGAGUGAGGAUCAACGACGGCAAAUGGAUCGUGCCUUCCUUGCAUUCAGCGCCGGCAAGAGAACAUGCACUGGUGUUCAUAUUGCGUGGCUGGAAAUGAAGAAAACACUGCCACUGUUGCUGAUGCAUUUUGAAAUGGAUCUCGUCGAUCCCUCUCAAGAUGUAAGAGACGGCAUUCGGGUCAGCGCAGUCAAGUAUCCACCUCCGGUUAUGAUGAAGAUUACGCCUAGGGUUGGUCAAAAUGGGGUGUAA